AAGUUGUCUACACUCUACAGUGGACUAGCCCUAGGCUUCAGAGAUUUUGGGCCAUUAACUACAGUAUUUUAGUAUGCUUUUUUUGGGGGUAAAUCUAUUGUCCAUAGACUCCAUCUUUCAAAUCCCGCCAAAAAGGUGUGAACUUUUUCUAUCGCUCUGAUCAUCAUUUUACUUUCCAUUCGCACUUUGAAGUAGAGACCUAAGACUCCAUCAGAAAGGUGGUUCGGUGAAGUGAGUUCCUGAACCAGCAAUGGAGAAUGAAAAGGAUGCCUUUUACGUUGUCCGUAAGGGAGAUGUUGUUGGCGUGUACACAAGUUUAAAAGACUGCCAAGCUGAACUUGGAUCUUCUGCAGGUAAUCCUUCUGUAAGUGUGUUCAAAGGGUAUUGCUUGCCAAAGGAAGCUGAGGAGUACCUUGUCUCACAUGGGCUGAAGGGUGCAACUUAUUCUAUAAGCGCGACUGAUGUGCAAAACUGUUUUUCUCGGCAACUUGUUGCUUGCCCGUUUCAGGAUGUCGUUGGUUCAACUUCAUCUGUAGCAAAUACUCAGGGCAAGUGUGUCAAAUUAGACAACCACGUUGAAGUUCCAGCAAUUUCAUCUAGUUGUCUGUCCUGUAGUCUUGAGUUUGAUGGUGCUUCAAAGGGAAACCCGGGAUUAGCUGGUGCAGGGGCUGUGAUACGUGCUGAUGAUGGAAGUCUGGUUUAUCGAUUGCGUGAAGGUGUGGGCAUUGCAACCUGUAAUGUUGCAGAAUACCGAGCUGUGAUUUUAGGAUUGAAGUAUGCUCUUAAGAAAGGAUUUAAACACAUUCGUGUCCAGGGCGACUCCAAACUUGUUUGUAUGCAGAUUCAGGGUCUGUGGAAAACCAAAAACCAGAAUAUGGCUGACCUGUGUAAGAUAGCCAAGGAGUUCAAAGAUAAGUUUAUGUCCUUCCAGAUCAAACAUGUUGAAAGGGAUUUUAACUCUGACGCUGAUGCUCAAGCAAACCUUGCUAUAUUUCUCAAGGAUGGUGAGGUUCACGAGGAACAUGACAAGAUUCGCAGAAAAAUUCAGUGUUUUUGAUCCCGCCAGCUUAACCUUUUCCGGUUUGUGGAAAACCGGUGCAAUGCAUGUUUGUGGACUUGUUAUCAUUCAGACACUACCUUUUGGGGUUCUUGAAACAGGUGUCCUAAAUUAUGUAUAUAUGCGCAAAAUGUGUAAAGGAAAACGAAGGCAUUAGAGCUAGAACUCUUGUGAUGAUCUAUCAUGAUAUUUUGUAGAACACUUGGUACCUUAGAAGGGUUUCUUUAGUAUGGCCGUCACUGUUGCUCUAUUAACCUAAAAUGUUGUUUUGAUUAAGGUGUCAAUCAUUUUAUGGUUCCAAUUAUUGAGUAGAUAU